GCAGCAGAAGCGGAGAGGAGAGAGGGAGAGAAACAAGGUGAAAUUUGCAGCCGCGGGGGACGGGAGGAGGAGGAGGAGGUUGGGUUUGGGAGGCCAUCGAUUGAGCCGCCGAGGAGCACUUGGUUAGGUUCUUCAAGGUGAUGAUUGGGACCGAACCCUGGUAACAUACUCCAUGUCUGGGGCGCCACGCUCCAACCUUGGACUUGUUCCCAGGGAUAUGAAUGGUAGCAUCCCGAUUAGCACUACAAAUUCCUCUGGGCCAAGCAUUGGUGUUAGUUCUUUGGUGACGGAUGCUAACUCCUCGCUCUCCGGAGGUGCCCAGUUGCAGCCAAGUACGAGCAUGAAUGCUGAUUCAUUCAUGCGCCUUCCUGCAUCCCCAAUGUCAUUUUCAUCCAAUAACAUCUCUGGCUCUUCAGUUAUUGAUGGUCCCAUUGUGCAACAAAGUCCACCCCAAGAGCAGAUGCAGAAGCGGAGGUCUUCGAGUGUAACAUCACAGCCUGUUAUUGAGGCUGCCGGUGCAUUGCAUGCUCAGAAGAAGUCAAGGAUUGAUAUUAGGCAAGAUGAUAUCCUGCAACACAAUUUAAUCCAGCAACUGCUCCAAGGCCAGAGUUCUCUUCAUCUUCAGGGCCAACAGAAUCCACAGAUUCAAGCCUUGAUCCAUCAGCAUAAACUGGCACAGAUUCAGCAGCAACAGCAGCAUCAGAUGCUGCAGCCAUUUACACAGAUUCAACAAUCUCAAGUUGGCAUACCUCGGCAGCCACAAUUGAGGCCUCCGCUAGCGCAGCCUGGAAUGCAGCUAGCUGGACCCGUCAGGACUCCUGUCGAGAAUGGGCUUUGUUCUCGAAGGUUAAAGCAGUAUUUAUACCAUAAGCGUCAUCGACCAGAGAAUAAUCCAAUAACAUACUGGAGGAAGCUUAUUGAUGAAUAUUUUGCACCAAGAGCAAGAGAGAGAUGGUGUGUGUCCUCGUAUGAGAAAAGAGGAAAUCCUUCAGGUCCUGUUCCUCACACGGCUCUGGAGUCAUGGCGCUGUGACAUUUGUAAUACACAUGGGGGGAAAGGAUAUGAGGCUACCUAUGAAAUACUUCCUAGACUCUGUCAAAUUAGAUUUGACCAUGGUGUUAUAGAUGAAUACCUAUUCCUUGACAUGGCGAAUGAAUUCCGGUUGCCCAAUGGAUUAAUGCUGCUGGAGCAUACGAAAGUUGUUCAAAAAAGCAUUUAUGAACAUAUGCAUGUCAUACACGAGGGACAGUUGAGAAUCAUAUUCACACCAGAACUAAAGAUAAUGUCCUGGGAGUUCUGUUCACGGCGACAUGAUGAGUAUAUCACUCGGAGGUUUCUUUCACCCCAGGUUGCUCAUCUGCUGCAAGUUGCCCAGAAAUAUCAAACCGUUGCCACUGAAAGCGGUCCAGCUGGGGUCUCAAACAGUGAUGCACAAAACAUUUGUAACAUGUUUGUCACAGCAUCACGACAGCUAGCGAAAAAUAUAGACCAUCACACCUUAAAUGAACAUGGUCUAUCUAAAAGAUAUGUUCGCUGCCUGCAGAUAUCAGAGGUGGUGAAUCACAUGAAAGAUCUGAUUGAGUUCAGCCACAAGAACAAGCUUGGUCCUAUAGAGGGCCUGAAGAGCUAUCCCAAGCAAACCGUACCAAAGCCUCCAGUACAAAAUAUGCACGAGUCAAAGCAACUAAUGGCAGCUGCUGGCCUUCCUAAUGACCAGGCUAGCCUCAAAGCCAUGGGUGUCAAAACAGAAAUGAACACCCAUGCACAUGAGACACACAGUAUUGGACCCAUUGGUAAUGGCCCGCAGAAUGCUGCUGCAAUUAACAAUUACCAGAAUAUCCUUAGAAGCUCCAGUGCAAACCAGAGUUUGCUUCAACAGGAGGCCUCGAGCAUGUUUAAAGGUCCCACGGCAAUACACAAUGGCAUUCAGCUGGAAGCAUCUAGAUCCUUCCGUGGACCUAACCAGGUGCAGCUUGCGCAGUUCCAUCAUCCGGGCUCGUUUCAGCAGCCUAUGCCCCAGCAGAACAGCCUCCAGGGCUUAGGUGUGAGCCCACAAUAUCAGCAGCAUGUGAUCCACCAGUUGCUGCAAGAGGCCAAGAACACUAACAACCGUGUCAUGGCGCAGCAGCAGCAGCAUCAACAACUUCAACAUGCUCCUGCUAACAGUGGCCUUGCAUCAGGAACGGCUAUCACCAGCAGCGCCGUUAGCGGAGAUCAUAUGAAUAACAAUGGUGCGGCAAAGGGUGGCACCCCAAUGGGCACAACAGGUCCUAGCAGUGUGAUCAAUAACACAGCCAGCAUCCUCCCCAGUAGAAGUAACAGCUUCAAGUCAGUGAGCAGCAACCCCCAGGUUGCGGCUGCUGCUGCUGCCGCCGGCGGCGGUGGCCAUGCGGCUGCCCCCAAGGCCGAUCCUAUGCAUGAGUUGGAUGAUCUUGACAAUCUGAUCACUACUGAACUGGCUGAGAGUGGGCUGUUCCUGGGGGACCAAGCAGGUGGUGGUUACUCAUGGAACAUGUGAGGAUUCAUUGUUGGAUGAUGGAAACUGCCGUAGAUUCUAGCUCCUCGUCUUUGUGUUCUUCUUUUCUUUUUUUUUGGUAUGUGGAGUUUUUUGUUUGGCUGUUUGCAACAGUUUCUGAUGACGAUGAUACACUGAUGUAACUCCAGCGUUUAUGUGCGCUCGUAAGUGAGUUGGCUUGGAACUCUGAGAUCCAGAGUUGCCUCUAUUAGUGCAUCAA